GUCGUGGUUCUUGUCGCAUUGCUUGUUUUUAACGUGUUCACGCAGGGAAAGGUUGAGAAAAGCGAACCAUUUAUAUCCACACGUUUUUUGGAUAAAUCGAUUCUUGAGGGGGGCGAACACGUCGCCUGUCAACCAGCUCUGCUCAAGGUUGAUGAUAACUUCUUCAUGGUCAUCCCCCCAGACAAAAAUGAAGCUCCCAUGAGUUCAGUAGAAGAUUUUCAAAGUGCAACCCACUCAAUCAUGGAGUUAAUUGGUCCUGAUCAUGGGAACCCGUCUGUUUUCCUUGGCAGCUUUUGCGGCACUUGUUUGAUCGGUAAUAAUACAUUGAAGGCGAAGUUUUGCAAUUCCUUAAGUGCAGUAUCAGACGACUUGCUAUACCACUCUACAAAUUGCCCUUAUCAGCAUUCCCCCCAAAUUAUACCGAAUUUCAGGAAGACUACUACAGAAGCUAUAAGCCAACAAUCAGUCCACGUGAUAUUUCAGAAAUGGGAAUGUGGUUGGGAGGACUAAGUUUGAUACCAGCAACUCAGUUUAGCAGAUAUGAUAUAAAGUUUCCUCCACAACUGCUUCCUCCGCCUCAAGGAACAAUUUUCAUGGAUAAUUCAACACAACCAACUAGUUUCUUUGA